CCCCCAAAUCCAAACGUAGCCUUACUCGGUGGGUGAACUGAUCGCCAUUGAUUUCGAGCAUCAGAAUCGAUCGCUUGGUAAACCGGAAAGGAGGAAACACUGAUGAACCUGAACAUGAACUCCAUGGACUCUCUGGUCGCUCAAAUCCAAGGGCUAUCAGGCAGUGUCGAAGACCUCUCGCACCUUCAUAAUCUCCUCAAGCAAUCUGAGGAACUUCUUCAGUCCGAAUCGACUCGCUUGGCUGUUUUGCUUGCAGAGCUUGACGCUUCCAAACAUUCUCUCGGUUACCUCUACAUCCUGGAGGCAUGGACGUCUGCACCAAUUUCAAAAGAGCAACCUAAUGAAUUGAUUCUGUCCAUUGCUGGAUUCAUUGAUGAUUGUGCUGCAGCACAGAUCCGUUUGGCACCUGAUAAAUUUGCAUCUGUUUGCAAGAGGUUCAAGGAUCAAGUUAUGCUGCUUGAAGCUCCUAUUCGGGGCGUAGCUCCUCUGCUGAAAGCUCUUAGGAAACUUCAAUCCUCGUCUGAACAUUUGACUACAUUGCAUCCUGAUUUUCUUCUCCUCUGUUUAUUAGCAAAAUGUUAUAAAGCUGGUUUAUCCAUUUUGGAGGAUGAUAUAUUUGACAUUGAACAGCCAAGGGACUUUUUUCUCUAUUGCUAUUAUGGGGGAAUGAUUUGCGUAGGACAGAAGCAUUACCGCAAGGCAUUGGAGCUUCUGCACAAUGUUGUAACUGCUCCAAUGUCUACUGUCAAUGCUAUAGCUGUUGAAGCAUACAAAAAGUACAUUCUUGUUUCACUUAUUCACCCUGGACAGUUCUCAACCAGUUUCCCAAAGUACACUUCCUCAGUGGCUCAGAGGAAUUUAAAGAGCUUUUGUCAGCCCUACAUUGAGCUGGCAAAUUGUUAUGGCAACGGAAAAGUUUCAGAACUUGAGGCAUAUGUCCAGGCUAACAGGGGAAAGUUUGAAAUUGACCACAAUCUUGGAUUGGUCAUGCAGGUUGUGUCAUCCAUGUAUAAGCGAAAUAUCCAGAGAUUGACUCAGACGUACUUGACUCUGUCCCUCCAAGACAUAGCCAAUACAGUGCAGCUGAAUAGCCCUAAGGAGGCCGAAAUGCAUGUACUUCAAAUGAUCCAAGAUGGCGAGAUAUACGCAACAAUAAAUCAGAAGGAUGGAAUGGUCAGAUUCCUUGAGGAUCCUGAGCAAUAUAAAACCUGUGAGAUGAUCGAGCGGAUUGACUCAUCAAUCAAGAGGAUAAUGGCACUGUCAACAAAGCUUAGUACCAUGGAAGAGCUCAUCUCAUGUGACCCCCAGUACUUGGCAAAGGCUGGGAAAGAGCGCCAAAGAUUUGACUUUGAUGACUUUGACAGUGUACCCCAAAAAUUCAACUUAUGAUCAGCUUGUAUCUGGCAAGUGAUGGUAAAUGGAGAGAGAGUACCAAGUGCAUUAGUCAGAAGCUGGUUGCAUCCUGGGAUUGGCAGAAAUCUUCAAUUGCUCUUGCCCUGUAUGAGCAUGAUUUUCGUUUUCUUGUUUAUAGUUUUUUCAAUUUAAAAAAAAAAUCUCAUCAGAUUGAUAUGUUUGUUAAAUUUUUGAAAUUUUAAGUCUUGUUUCUGGAUGUUUCCUUUUUCAAAAUAUAUGGUGUAUUAUUUUGGAUGGAUGAUAGCUUUAUGGGUAUCUUUGAUAUGUGCUUCUGUGACU